UGGACUGUUGAUAAUCGAUACUGAUCAUUCGGUGGUAUCGAUGAGCGGUGUGUGACGGGCUGCAGUGUGGAGGUGACGUCAGAGAGGUAAGGAGGACGUGACGCUGUGAUGUCGUUGGUGAGCAAAGUGAAAGUAAAGCAGCGGGGACACCGAUCACAGGCUGCCGGUCUGAAACGUCCCCGCGACUGUUGGAGUGUCUCCGGUGCAGACUGACCGUCCUCAGACUGAUGGCGACAGCAGACACAAAGCCGGGAGGAGCCGAGGAGUCCAGCUUGCAGUCUGAGGAGUCGGCCAGGAGGUCAGAGGAGUGGAGGCUGGGGUCCGGGGAGUCCAGGGUGAGCUCCUGGGAGUCGGAGCUGACCUCCAUCCAGCACUCCCUGAAGUUUGUGUCGACACUGAAGGAGGAGUUUGUUUGUCCCAUCUGCAGAGGAGUCGUGCUCAACCCCCAGCAGAACUCCUGUGGACACAUCUACUGCUUCCUCUGCCUCCAGCGCCUGCUGGAGAGCUCAUCGCCAUCCAGUCCAGUCUGUCCAGUGGACGGAGCCGUGAUCACACCAGCAGAGGUUUUCCAGGACAACUGCUGCAAACGGGAAAUCUCCAGUCUAGAAGUGUACUGCACCAACUCCCCAGCAUGCACCUCUGUCGUCACAUUACGCCACCUACAGGAGCACCGCAGGUCGUGUCAGUACGAGCAGCUGCAGUGCUGCAAUCCAGGCUGCAGGGCGGCGCUACAGAGGAGAUACCUGCAGGAACACCUGACCAACACCUGUCCUCACCGCAUGGAGCCCUGUCCACACUGCCGGCACCCGCAGAGACUCAGCCUCCUCCAGGAUCAUGUGCAGAGCUCCUGUCCAGAGGUGGAGGUGGACUGUCCCAACAGCUGCUCCCUGAAGGUCCCCAGACACAAGCUGACAGAACACAGAGAGUCGUGUCCUGAGCUCCUCGUCGACUGCUCCUACAAGAAGUUCGGCUGCUCUGUGCAGGACAAGAGAAGGAGAGUGAAGCUGCAUGAGGACGCUGCUGUCAAUCAUCACAUGCUGCUGGUCCUGCGGAGCAACACUCACCUGGAGCAACAGGUGGAGCUCCUCCAGGAGGAGGCGCUGCUGAGGCAGCAGGAGGUCCAGACAGACGGUUUACUGCUCGCCGGUCUGCAGAAGAAAAUCAGACCUCUGCUGCAACACAACAGCAGCCAUGAUCACCUGCUCUCUGCAGCUCAGAGGACGCUGAGCAGGCAGGAGGACAUCCUGUCCACCGUCCAGCUGGACGUCCAGCAGGCGUCUCUGGGACUCGGUCCUGGUCUGGAGGAGCUGGAGCAGCUGAGAAAGUCUCUGGACGCUGUGAUCCUGGAAGUGUCUGCAGCCGAGGCCCUCAGAGAACACCUGGGAACUUUGGAAGAGAAUCUAAAGCAUCACUCGGGUCUGCUGGAUCUCCACGCCGCUCAGCUCAGUCGCAACAAGCAGCACCUGCAGGAGCUCGAGGCGACGUCCUACGAUGGCAAACUGAUCUGGAAGGUCGAGGACGUCAGGAAGAGGAGAGAAGCCGAGGUCAAAGGUCAGCCACCCUGCCUGAGCAGCGUGCCGUUCCACACAGGGCGCUGUGGCUACAAAAUGGCCGCCAAGGUCUAUCUGAACGGAGACGGGGAGGGAAGAGGGACUCACCUGUCCCUUUAUGUCGUCCUGAUGCCGGGAGACUUUGAUGCUCUGCUGCCGUGGCCUUUCAGACAGACCGUGUCUCUGUCUGUUCUGGAUCAAAGCGGCGCCGCUAACCACCGGAGUCUCAGCUUCAGACCCGACCCAGCGUCCAAAAGCUUCCAGCGACCUGCCGCAGGCUCCAUCAGCAACGUGGCUGUUGGAUUUUCUUGCUUCAUUCCCCUCGACAAGCUGGAAACUCCUCAGAACGCUUCGUACGUCAAAGAGGACACGUUGUUUGUCAAAGUGAAGGUGGACAUGGCAGGUUUAGAGCAGCUGUAGGCCUCUGGCCUCUACAUCAGUGGUUCCCAACUGGUCAAAUCACAGCAUCCAGAUUUCUCCUCAAUCAUCAGUUCAAGGUCCACACAGUUGAACACAUUCAGCGUCAUACUUUCAUUUGGCCAUGUCAUCGAGCUAGUUUUCUGUCUCUGUCCAGUAGCUGUCCGUCAGUCAUUCACUCUACAGCAGGGAACGGCGCUUCUGGGCGAUACGGACAAAAAUUCAUAUCUCAGUAUUUUCAGGCUGAACGUCAAUACACAAUAUAUAUCUUGGUGCCUUCUACGUAAUGGGGCUGCAUGUUCAGCUGCAAGUCGCAAAUUGAUCCUCGGCUCAUGUCCCCUGUUAUUUUUGCUGCGGCAGGUGGAGAAGUUUACCUGUUGGAGGUGAGCUGUUUGUCUGCAGCUCUUCAUCAUCUCUCUGUGGCUGUUUCUGAUUUUACUCUUCCUCCCUGCCGUAUUAUUAGACUUGUCUUUAUUGAAGGAUGCUGCUGAGAUGAUCCCUGGUGAGGGAGAGAAGCGGGGCAGGACGCAGGCUGAGACACUGAGAUUAUAAAGUCAUAUAUUUGUGUGACACCUCAUGGCUUCACUGGAUCAACAUCACACCACAGAGCCAGCGGUAACGAUAAUACGAUUAAUAAUCCUUUCUUUCUCUUAUUAGGGUUAGGUAUGGACACACAGUAUAUUACCUACAGUAGAUGUCAGUCGACACGCCCCCAGUUUGGAGAAGCAGGCUGAAGUCUGACAUGGAAGCUAAACAAUGUGCUGUUGUGGGCGGGGUCGGCAACAAAACGGAUUUUAGUCACCAAAGAAAAGUAACACAUAAAAAAUGCCUGUCAGUUUACAUGUGCAUUAUAUUGAGAGUAUUUUCAGCACUUCACGUUCCCCACAUUCAGCCUGUUUUGACAGGUGACCCGUUAAAAACUUAGUUCCCACCUCUGCUCUCAUCAAAGCCAGACUCCACUGAGAAAAACAGUGAUUUACCAUCACUGAGCGCAGGAGCUGCAGGUCUGCCGCCGCCUCCAUCAGUUAGAUUGUGUUACUCUGUGACUUUGGUGGAUCUAAAGCCCCGUAACAACCAAACACGUUACCCCUCAGACAUGGUACCUAGACCCUCGGUCCGUUCAGCCUUUCCAAUUUGGACCAGAUUAUGUCAUGCGUUUUGUUGCCGACCCCGCCCACAGCAGGACAUUUCUUAUGUUCCAUGUCAGAUUCCCGCCUGCUGCUCCAAACUGGAGAUGUGCCGACUGACAUGUUCAAUGGGAAACACACUGUCUAUGGAUAAGUACCCCAAACAGCUUCACCUUAAAAAAUCUUAAAAAACAAGAUUGUUUUAUUGGUUUAUAGGACACCACAAGGCCGUGCACCAGACGACCUCUCAGAAACGCUUCUACUCUUUUAGCUGAACUACAAAAACAUCUGGCGACGCUGCUUUCAGCCACGACGCUCCGAUCUGCUCCAGCUGCCUCUGCACCAGCUGAAAAUAUUAGACAAGAUUUUUAAACUGAGAAAAAAAAUCAUCUAUUUAUUCAGACUUAUGUUUUAUAAUUUAUCAUACUUAAUGCCAUCAUUAUGAUUUUACUUUUCAAUUUUUAUCAGAAUGUUAAUGUUGAUCCCUGUGAUUUAUUUUAUUUUAUUCAAUUAACACUCUUCAGUCAGUCGCCUGUUGUGCAUUGAUUUGUUUGGAAGGUACUGUAUAAAUAAAGUUUGAUUGACUGAUGACA